GCAACUGGCUUGGGCUUUUCUUCUUCAUGAAGAUCAAGCAGAACAUCAAGAUGCAGGUGUCUGUGUUGCCCGGGCAGCAGGCCACAUACCAAUGCCGCACUCACAAGGAGUGCACGGCCCUUUUGCACCGCUUGAGCCACUCGCAUGCGUGGCAGCGAGCACUGGAAGUUGUGGGAGUAUUUCGCCAGAACGUUCUGGAACCGAACAUCAUCAAUCGCAAUGCUUUGUUGAGCAGCUUGCAACGAGGGCGGCAAUGGGCCAGAGUUUGCUCUCUACUUUUUGCCAGGAGUCGGACCGACGUUUGGUCCUUCAGCACGGCGGCGGGGGCCUUCGAUAGCUGGCGAAGUCCUUUGUGGUUGUUGGAGCGGAUUGGACAUGCGCGGCACGCUCCCAACGUCGUUCUUGCUGGCGCCAUUCUAUCUUCCUGCGAGGUGCCGGGCGCUUGGUCGAUGGCGCUGGCCCUUUUUGGGCAGAUGUCGACAGCGAUGGGCAUUUCGCCGAACACGGUGGCCCUGGCCUCUGCCCAGACGGCCUGCGAAAAGAGCAGCCAGUGGGCUGAGGCGGUCCACUUCUUGAUCCAAGCACAGCUGGGGGCGUUGCUGCCGAACGUGGUCGCUGGGAAUGUGGCAGUCAGCGCUUGUGCCCGCAUCAGCGCCUGGGAAAGGGCCUUGGUGCUGGCUUCGGCGGCUGAUCACGCGGACCUGGUGACCUUCAACUCCGCGGUGGAUGCGUGCCACAAGGCGCAGCGCUGGGAGUGGGCUCUGGAGCUUGUGCGGACACUGGUGGCAAGGAGACUCACUCCAGAUGUCGCACUGAUCUCAGAGGUCAGAUUCAGGAGGCCGGUUUACCACUGUGGCAGAGGGGUCAGACAGCUGAUUGAGUGA